GGCAGUAGGUGGCUUUAGUCCUUUCUCUUGCUCGGCAAGUUAACAGGAUGAAAUUCCUUGUGCUGGCUGCUCUGCUUACAGUGGGUGCUGCUGAGGGGGGCGUCAGCCCGCGGGCAGUGUGGCAGCUCCGCAACAUGAUCAAGUGUACGAUCCCCGAGAGUGACCCCGUGAGGGAUUACACCGACUACGGCUGCUACUGUGGCCUGGGUGGAUCCGGCACGCCUGUGGAUGAACUGGACAAGUGUUGCCAGACACACGACCACUGCUACUCACGAGCCAAGAAACUGGACAGCUGUAAAUUCCUCCUGGACAACCCCUACACCAAAACCUACUCAUACUCAUGCUCUGGCUCUGAGAUCACCUGCAGCGAUGAAAACAAACCCUGUGAGGCCUUCAUCUGCAACUGCGACCGCAAUGCUGCCAUCUGCUUUUCAAAGGCCCCAUAUAACAAGGAGCACAAGAACCUGGACACCAAGAAGUACUGUAAGAAUUGA